AUGCAUCUAAUAUUCCUUAUCCUUACUAUUCUCAAUACCUUCUAUCUGCAUAAUCAACUCGCCGUGGCCAUGACUAAUCCUACCUCGUCGUCAUCAUCUGUCACGACAUCGUCCGGUGCACCAAUAACAACAACUUCCUCUGCCUAUCCCCAAAUCUUGCCAUCGAAAAACCCCAUUGUGGAGAGAUCGAAUGAUGGCGACAAUGGUGUUUUAAUAUCCGUGACAGGUCGCAUGAACUACGUCACACCUGAUACGAAACAAAUUGAUAUUCAUCGUCACAAGGAUGGAACCGAUUCGGGCAUGCAAGGUGCGACAUGGCAUCCAGUCGAUAUUCCAAUCGCCAAUGGGCGUUUGAUACAGAAAAAACUGCACCAACAUGGAUAUCAACUGGUCGAUUUGACAACAACAGUACAAGAAGAGAACACGGUACCUGUUAGCGACUUUUUGGAUACAGAUCAAGUGAUUGAUAACUUUUAUCCAACAUGUGAACAACUCUUGCACAAGAUACUGGGUCCUGAUGUCCAAGUCGCAAAGGCCUUUGAUCAUAACAUUCGUAUCAGUCGAGAAGAGAGGCAAGAGGAAUUAAAAGGUGGUGGUGGUAGCAAGGCACAAGUGCCCAUAGGUAUGGUGCAUGGAGAUUACACUAAAGUAUCCGGACCCAAGCGAUUGCACGACCUAGCACAGCGACCAAAGGCCAACGAUGUCAUGAAAGAUCGAUUGUUGCAAGCAGGCCAAGAGUCCCUAUUAGAUCCAACAAUGGUCCAAGAAGCACUCGAGGGCAAACGCCGAUUUGCAUUGAUCAAUGUUUGGAGGAACAUUGACCCCGAAAACCCAGUUCAGGAAUUGCCUUUGGCCUGUGCCGAUGCCCAAAAUGUCGUCAUGGACGAUUUACGAACUCUUUCCAUUCAUUAUCCAGAUCGAGUGGGAGAAAAUUACUUUGUAGCCCACAAUCCUAGCCAUAAAUGGGCGUACUUUCCAGAAAUGACCCAUGACGAAGCCAUGUUGAUCAAACAGUGGGAUUCCUUGGGAGUGAUUGAUACCGGUAGUGACGAAAACAUUUCUUGUUUUGCCAUUCACUCGGCCUUUGCUGAUCCCAGCUCACUGCCAACGGCGAGACCGCGGAGGAGUAUAGAGGUGAGAGUGGCUGUCAUUUGGAAAGAAAACAACUAG